AUGGCUAGUUCCGGCGAGAAGAGUGUUUUUGCCCAUUUCAUUGUAGGAAAUGCGGCGGCUAUGACUGCUGAGCAGUGGGAAGCGGACAUUCGCGAGGCCCAGAGAGCGCACAUCGAUGGAUUUGCGUUGAACAUCGCGACCCAAGACAGCUACACCGACACCGUGCUCCAGACCGCAUACGCAGCCGCCGAGACAGUUGGGAACUUCAGUCUAUUCCUGUCAUUCGACUAUGAGUCGGGCGGAGCGUGGCCGGAAGAUCGUGUCGUGUCGACGGUCAAUACGUACAAGGACAGCUCGGCACAGUUCUAUUACCAAGGGAAACCGCUGGUGUCGACCUUUGAGGGCACCAGCAACGCCGGAGACUGGACCAGUAUCAAGGCUGCCACCGGUUGCUCUUUUAUUCCUUCCUGGACAAGCCUCGGGCAGUCCGGUAUUCAGACCUACAUCGACGAGAUGGAUGGCAUGUUGAGCUGGGAUGCUUGGCCCGAGGGCGCCCAGGACAUGACGACCACCUCGGACGAGGCCUGGAUCGAAGCCCUGGGGAAUAAGUCGUACAUGAUGCCCGUCUCUCCGUGGUUCUACACCAACCUUCCCGACUACAGUAAGAACUGGCUCUGGCGUGGCGACGAUCUAUGGCACGAUCGCUGGCAACAAGUGAUUGAACUGCAGCCGCCCUUGGUGGAGAUCCUCACCUGGAACGAUUAUGGCGAAACACACUACAUCGGCCCGAUCUAUGAAGCAGGCAUCCCCACCGGCGCAGCAACGUACGUGACUGGCAAUCCUCACGAUGACUGGCGCGCCCUGCUCCCGUACUAUAUCGACGCCUACAAAUCCAACAACCAGACCACCAUCUCUACGACAGCCGAGAAGAUCACCUACUGGUACCGCAUUAACCCCAGCGGCUCCGGGAGCGCCAACGGCACGACGGGCAACGACCCAUCACAGGGCCAGCCAGUCGUCAACCCGGCCCUGGUGUCUCUGGACAAAGUCUUCACCACCGUGCUGGUCGCGGCACCUAGCACCGUUACCAUCCAGAUCGGCGACGCCGAUGCAACCACCCUCCGAGCCGUGACCGCUGGGAUCAACCACUUCUCCGUGCCUUUCAACGGGCAGACCGGCGCAGUCACCAUCUCCGUCCAGCGAAAUGGCGAGGAGGUCGUCUCGAUCACCGGUCCGGCCAUCACCGACCAGAAAAUCGCUCUCGGCCUGCAAGAGUCGCAGCAGCUGGCAUUCCACCUGGGCGGCCAGCUCCCCGAAGCUCAAUAUGUCCCCGUGCCGUCUCCAACCCCGUCGCAGGAACGAGGAAGAGAAACUCUGGCUUCGGCCUCGAAGUCGACGGUGUGCCCGGAGGCUUACACCAAGCCAUACUGCGAGUUCAUGACGGAGAACCCGACCAUCUUCCACGCGGUCGACACCUUCACGAAACAGCUCGAGCAGCACGGCUACAGGCACCUGUCCGAGCGGGCGGUGUGGACGCCGGAGCUCCGACGGGGGGGCAAGUACUACACCACACGCAACGGGAGCGCGCUGAUCGCCUUUGUCGUGGGUAAAGAAUACCAGAGCGGGAAUGGCAUGGGUAUUGUGGCGGGUCAUGUCGACGCCCUCACGGCGCGGCUGAAGCCCGUGUCCAAGCUUCCUAACAAGACGGGGUUCGCGCAGCUGGCCGUCGCGCCGUACGCCGGCGGCCUCAACGAGACGUGGUGGGACCGCGAUCUGUCCAUUGGGGGGCGCGUGCUGGUCCGCGAUCCCAUCACGGGCAAAGUCGAGACCCGGCUCGUGAAGCUGGGCUGGCCGAUUGCGCGGAUCCCGACGCUGGCGCCGCAUUUUGGGGCCCCCUCGCAGGGACCCUUUAAUAAGGAGACUCAGAUGGUGCCCAUUGUCGGGAUUGACAAUUCGGAUCUCUUCCAGGGCGGGGAAGCGGCACAGGUGGAGGGUAGCGGCAUCAAGCCGGGCACGUUCGCGGCCACCCAGCCACCAAAGCUGGUCAAGGUCAUCUCGGGCGAGCUGGGGAUCACGGACUACAGCACGAUUGUAAGCUGGGAGCUGGAGCUGUUCGACAGCCAGCCGGCGCAGGUGGGUGGACUGGACAAGGACCUGAUCUUUGCGGGGCGGAUUGACGAUAAGCUGUGCUGCUUUGCCGCGCAGGAGGCCCUGCUGGCCUCGCCGGACGAGAUGUCGCCCGGGAUCGUCAAGAUGGUAGGCAUGUUCGACGACGAGGAGAUUGGCAGUCUGCUGCGGCAGGGGGCGCGGUCAAACUUCAUGAGCAGCGUGAUGGAGCGGAUCACCGAGGCGUUCGCCGCGUCGGCAGCGACCUACGGGCCCAACCUGCUCGCCCAGACGGUGGCCAACAGCUUCCUCGUCUCCUCCGACGUCAUCCACGCCGUCAACCCAAACUUCGCAAAUGUCUACCUGGAGAACCACGCGCCCCGGCUCAACGUUGGCGUCGCCAUCUCCGCCGACCCAAAUGGCCAUAUGACCACCGACAGCGUCAGCACUGCCAUCCUGCAGCGCAUCGCCCACCGCUGCGGCGCCACCCUGCAGGUCUUCCAGAUCCGCAACGACUCCCGCAGCGGCGGCACCAUCGGACCCAUGACCAGCGCCCGUAUCGGCAUGCGCGCCAUCGACGCCGGUAUUCCCCAGCUGAGCAUGCACAGCAUCCGCGCCACGACGGGCAGUCUCGACCCGGGCCUGGGUGUCAAGCUGUUCAAGGGCUUCUUCGAUUACUUUGAAGAGGUGGACAAGGAGUUUCUCGAUUUCUAG